AUGGCUUCCUGCUCCACAUCUUCAUGCCUCAUCUUCUCCUUCUCCCUGUUUCUCCUCAUCCUCUUCUCCUCUGCGACAACUGACACAAUUUCUGCAAACCGGUCUCUCUCUGGGAACCAAAACAUCACCUCCAAAGAUGGCAACUUCAGGCUCGGCUUCUUCGUGCCACCGGGUAGCCCCUCCCUCAGCUACUACGUCGGCAUCUGGUACAAUAAGAUCCCUUUGCUCACCCCCGUGUGGGUGGCCAACAGAGCCUCCCCUGUCCCAGACCCAGCCAUGUCGGAGCUUAGAAUCUCCGGCGAUGGCAACCUCGUCCUCCUCGUCAAUCACUCCAAUACCGGUGUCAUAUGGUCUACUGACGUUUCCACGUCCAACUCCACGGUCGUCGCUGUCAUCCUUGACACGGGAAAUCUCCAGCUCAGGGAUGAGUCCAACGCCUCCCUCGUCUUCUGGCAGAGCUUCGACCACCCCACCGACACUUGGCUUCCCGGCGGCAAGCUGGGGUUCAACAAGCUCACCAGGAGAGCCCAAGGCCUCACCUCCUGGAAGAGCAAAGUCGACCCUUCUCCCGGAAUCUUCACCCUUGAGAUUGAUCCGACUGGUGAGACCUCUGAGAAUUUUAUAUUCUGGAAUUCGUCGAAGAUGUAUUGGAGGAGUGGAAUUUGGGACGGACACAUCUUCAAUUUGGUCCUGGAGAUGACAGUUCACUAUAUUUACGACAUCAAGUUCGUCAACGAUACUGAGGAGAUGUAUUUCAACUACACUAUCAAAACUUCCAAUAUCACGUCCAGGUUUGUGCUUGAUUCUGAAUCUGGCCAGAUGCAGCGAUCGACUUGGAUGGAGAAUUCCAAGUCAUGGAUGCCCUUCUGGUCUGAACGACUGAACCAAAAACAAAGUGCUCAGUUUAUGGGAUUGGGAUUUGGGUGA